ACAAUGUGUCUUUGCAGGUGUGGAGUUGUUUGGUUUUAUGUGUGUGUCGAGUUGUAAAGGGAGUGUUGAAUGUGAUUAUUGUGUGACUGUGAAGCAGUAUAUUGAAGUUCACAGAAAAUGUCGUCGUCUUCUGUAUAUAUACUCGAUGUGAAAGGCAAAGUUCUCAUAUCGAGGAACUAUCGAGGCGACAUAGACCUUGGUGUUAUUGAGAAAUUUAUGCCGUUGCUUAUGGAGAAAGAAGAAGAAGGAAUGCUGACACCAAUACUACAAACAACAGAAUGUACUUUCGCCUAUAUAAAAUAUAACAACUUGUAUAUUGUUUCCACCACUAAGAAGAAUGCUAACAUAGCCCUGGUGUUUGUUUUUCUCCAUAAAAUAGUGCAGGUAAUGAUCGAAUAUUUCAAAGAACUAGAAGAGGAAAGUAUAAGGGACAAUUUUGUUGUAAUAUACGAGUUGCUGGAUGAGCUAAUAGAUUUUGGCUAUCCACAAACUACGGAUAGUAAAAUUCUUCAAGAAUACAUAACACAAGAAGGCCAUAAACUUGAAAUUCAACCUAGGAUUCCUAUGGCUGUCACAAACGCAGUGUCAUGGAGAUCUGAGGGUAUAAAGUACAGGAAGAACGAAGUAUUUUUGGAUGUCAUUGAAUCUGUUAAUUUGCUGGCAAAUGCUAAUGGAAACGUCCUCCGCAGUGAAAUAGUGGGGGCAAUAAAAAUGAGGGUGUACUUAUCUGGGAUGCCAGAGUUGAGACUUGGAUUGAAUGAUAAAGUUCUUUUUGAGAGCACAGGUAGAGGUAAAUCGAAGUCAGUAGAGCUGGAAGAUGUCAAAUUUCACCAGUGUGUUCGUUUAUCCAGGUUUGAGAAUGAUCGUACAAUAUCUUUCAUUCCUCCAGAUGGAGAAUUUGAAUUGAUGUCUUAUCGUUUAAAUACACACGUGAAGCCAUUAAUUUGGAUUGAAUCUGUUAUUGAAAGGCAUGCACACAGUCGGGUAGAAUAUAUGAUUAAAGCAAAGUCACAGUUCAAAAGGAGAUCCACUGCAAAUAAUGUUGAAAUUGUUAUUCCUGUGCCUGCUGAUGCAGAUUCACCAAAAUUCAAGACAACGAUAGGGAGUGUGAAGUAUGCUCCAGAGCAGAAUGCCAUCACCUGGACUGUCAAAUCAUUUCCUGGUGGUAAAGAGUAUCUCAUGCGUGCACAUUUUGGUCUUCCAAGUGUUGAAGGCGAAGAUGUUGAAGGAAAGCCUCCUAUUCAAGUCAAAUUUGAAAUUCCAUAUUUCACAACUUCUGGAAUACAAGUACGUUAUCUUAAGAUAAUUGAAAAGAGUGGUUACCAAGCGCUCCCUUGGGUUAGGUAUAUAACUCAGAAUGGUGAUUACCAACUUCGUACAAACUGAAUUCUUUCAUGUUUAAUUUAUGACAGCUAAGUUUUAUGUGCAGAAAACUGUUGUGUGAAUGGAUAACAUUGUUAUAAUCUGUUAAAACUUUGUAAAUAUUUUUUUGAAAGAUCUAUAUUCCAUAAUGUGAACCUAUAUUCUGGAGAUGAAAUUUAGACAGUGAGAGAAUUUCAUAACUGUUGCGGUACUUGGUGUUUUAUUAAUUUUACGCAAAUCAAUGCACAUGAUCUUGUAAAGAUAUUGCACUUGACCAUUUAACUGAGUGUGCAUUUAGUACUACAUUCCUGGCCACUGAUUGUAAAUUUCUUUUUGAAAAACAUGUUUCUAAUAAACAGUAUUAAAUAUUUAUUUCUUGAUUAAUUGUUCCAUUCUGUAAUUUUUUUUCCAAUGCAGUACUAUGUUGGCACUGCAGUACCUUUAUCUAAAUCUUGUUUAGUUUUUAUCAUCAUGCUUAACAACAUAAUUUUUCGAAGAGAUAGGUUGAAUAUUAGCAAAUUUGCAAGUUUUUAUAUGAUUCUUUAGAUUUAUGAAAAGUGUUGCAUUUAGUGUAACUGCAUGUUUUCGAGAAUGACAUACCCUCAUAUAUCUGCUCAAGGGGUAAGAAUGGUAUUUCUUUGCCUUGCUUGGUUUUAGCAUAGUUGAAGGGUAAAAUGAACUAUGGCUGCCCUCGUCCCACAAGGGAAUUAGUGGGCUUGGUUCCAAUGUUUUUGAACUCCCUAAUUUAGGUGGAAAGACAUUUUACCAGUCUAACAAGAGUGCUUCUUUAAAAGUUUGCUUGUUUUUAAAUUGUUGGCACCAACUAGUUAUUGCUUUUCACUGAUCAUUGUGGGUACAUUAUCCUAUAAAUACUUAACCAUUGUAAAGAAAAGUAACCUUACAAAUUAGUGUUUUCAUAUUAACAGUGUAAUAAGUAAAAAAAAUAGCAGAUCUUACAAUCUCCCUGAAUUGUCCAUGUGUUUAACACUGACUGUCGUACCCGUAGUAUUAAGUUACCUUCAGUGUUGGAAAGAACGCCAUGCCUGUAAUAUUUUGGGAAGAACAUUUUGGUGAGGACUGCUAUGCCCAUAAUAUUACAGGAGUGGCAGCCCUCACUUAAGGUGCCUAAUAUACUAUGGGCAUGGUAUUCUUUCCCGCAGUGAAUGCAAUGUAAUACUACGGGCAUGGCAUUCAAAAGUGUUAAGUAAUGGUGUCGUAUGGGAAAUAAUUUGUUGAUUAUCUUCUUUGACUUGUUACAUUCAUCCAGACUGUCCAUUAAUUUUCAUGCUUAUCUGACAAUGCUUGUGUUUAUUGAUAAUGACAACUGUGAUAUUUUUAACUGUAAGGCAGUAUUUAUUUGUUUGCCACGAACCAUUGUAAUUACAGUAUGAGACAUGUUAAGAAAUACAUUACAAAAAAUGUAAUUGAACAGUGGAAAAUCCAGGCUGGAAUAUAACAAUAUUAUGAAAAGGAUAGUUGCUGUUCACCAUAUAGCAGAGAUGCUGAGUCGCUGAUAGGAACAAAAAAAAUACCGUCAGCAAAUGAGCCGUUGGUCAAUUGAGUGUGCGUUUGUAUGUUGUCUAUGUCCGACGAAGACCUUGUUAACCGAAAGCUUUGCUGACAGUCUCUUUGUUGUGCCUAUCUGUGACUCAGUAUCUCUGCUGUAUGGUGAGUAGCAACUAUCCUAUUCAAAAAUGUAAUUGCAUAUAAAUGUAAAAAGAUUACAUAGAUGUUAAGACAAAUAUAUGUAUAUGUACAACAAAGCACAUGCUACAAUGACAUGGAAAUGAAGUAUCUUCAAAGAAACAAUUGCAGCAUUUGCCUCAGCAGAUAGGGAAAACCACAGAAAAACUUAAUCAAUACGGUUGGUGAGGGAUGUAAAACCUACUCAGAGAAACCACAUUUCACUGCUGUUCUCUCCAAUGUAAAUUACAUUUGAUGUAAUAUCAAUAGCAACAACUUCAAAACCAAUAUCAUAGCUAACAGGGAAAUAGAACUAAUCAAAGCACCACUCAGUGUUAUAUUCGAAGCACUUUUCUUGGUACAGCUGGCAAACAAAAACAACUGCAAUGAGCAUUCUUGUAAGCUAUUAACUUGUUAUGCAUGACUGUCUCCUGUCACAAAGUUAAUGUAGGUAUUCCGUACUGAUGUGUGGACAAACCAGAGUCAUGUGCUGUUUUAUUUAUUUUUGAAGCCAGACAGCACACUGAUAUUCUUUAUGUUGGAUUGAAUCUUGUUGGGGGGGGAAUAUAUUACUGCCUGCACCUACUGGGUCUUUAUCCAUUAAUUUUAAACCUUUACAUUCUAUGUGAUAAUGAGUAUCAUUUAUUUUAUGAAAAGAAUGAUUUCAAAUGUGUACAAUGCUGGGAUAGUUAAUAUCUGGAAAUCUUUAACACCUUUGUACAGGUUCCCGGUAGGACUUGUGAAGUAACACUGUAGAUGGACAGCACCCAGGUCUUGCUCAUGCAGUGAAUUAAACUUCAUAGCUGCAAUUGUGCUUCCUUCCCUCUACAGUGACCACCUAGAAAGCACAAGGAAGGGUCUCUUCCUUGAGCUGCCAUGAAGCUUUUAAAUUCUGACCUAUCUGUACUCAAAUACAGCGGCUUGCACGCUGUUGUGUCCACACUGCUUUUAUCUGUCUGUAAGAGCCAGUAGGGGAAAAAGUUCCAAAAAGAAACACUCUUGUGGUUUCCAAAUUGUAAUGUAGCUUUUUGUAUGCUGAAGUGUUUUAAAACAUACCACACCUAGACAUAUUGUGUGUUAAUGGCAUGUACAAUUCUUUUGUUCCAGAAUAAAAACAAGGUUCAAUAAGA